AUGCUUAAACUACAGUAUCUACUGUUGAUACUCCUAUUUCAUAACGCGUACUGUGAAGGUGAAUUGAGAGAAAGUUCUGGAGAAGAACCUCAACUACCCAAAAGCUCGAGAACAAAAUGUAACAGAAGAUGGCUAGGAGGCUCAAGAACGUUUUCGCCCAACAGCGUAGAUGAUGAUGACACACAGUAUUCCAAACGGUAAGAAUUUAUUUCAAAUCUACAAGUUUUUAGCACUUCUCCUUCCCACCCCAUUGUAGCAGCUUUUGAAUAAAACAUCAAUGAGAAGGCUUGAUAGAUGUUUUAAAAUACUUACUGGUAAUUUUUUAAAACUAGCAUAACAUUUUUAGAACAGCUCAUCAAGACGCAUAUUUAUGGCCAAGCUUAAGCGACAGAGACAAAAACGUUAUUCGAGAUGCUUUCCACCAAAUCUCUAGACGCACAUGUAUCAAGUAAGACUACAGUAAAGAGUUUAAAACUCUUUUUAUUUUUAAAUAAAAAGACGUUAGAAUUGUAAAAAGAUAAUGUAAUGUGAAAAUCAAUUUUUACAGCGUAGUUUUCUACACCACAAACACAAUACAAUAAUUUUUUUUACAAAAUUAAAAUUCUAGGUUUGAGGAGCUCGAAUACAAACCUUGGUACCACGCUGACAGAUGGCAAGAAGACAAGCCUUACGUCGUCAUUAAAAAGAGCAAAAAGUUCAGCGGUAAGUCCUUUUCUUUUCCGGACGAGACUAAAACUUUUUUUUGUAUACUAUAUUAUAAUAGAGUAUCUGGACUCUUACAAUAAUUUAAAAUCCCCAUUUUCUUUUAGUGUAUAACAAUAAUUGUUAAAACCUCUGAUUCCAGGCUACACAGACAACAACAUUGAAGACGUGACUCAACGUUCCUUGAUAUACCUCUCCGAGAAAGCUCUAAACGAACCAAACUUUAACAACUCACGUGGCAUGGUGAUGGAACAACUGCUUCGUUACAUGGGUUACCGUGAAGAAUAUCUUCGUCCGGAUGCCGCUUCUUAUAUUCAGCCUCAGAAGAAGAUCAAGAUCAAAAAAGCAAUACCAUCGUAUUCGGAAGAGCAAUUGCAGUGGCCGUUUGAUCCUGAAAGUAUCACGAUACCAUCACAAGCACGUAAUUGGUACGGCUUGACAUUGUACUGUAAUGGACGAGAGAACAAGGAUAUUGGCAAUGGGCAGAGGGCCGGGCUGCUUACGCGGUAAGUUGAAUCUUUCAAGAGGGUCAUAAUCACUGUUGACACAAAGCUACCAAGCUAAAAUUGUAAAAUCAUCACCAUAAAAUCAUCAAAAUUAUAAAACAAAAAGCAUAGUAAUGCUAACCUACGUGUUCAUAAUUUAAAUUCCAAUUUCAGAUGGGAUGCAGUAAAAUUGAACAGCAUGUAUUGUCCUCAUAGAGUUGGUUUUGCUGAUCCCACAAGAGGUCCGUGCGUGGUAAAACGAAAAAACAAAAGAAAACAAGAAUUUGCCUAA